AGCAGGAGGAGCUCGGGAGAUUGAAGCACAAGAGGACCAGCAGCCACACCAUCAUCAUCAGCAGCAGCAUUGUUACCCUUGCUAGCAUCGCUCCACAAUAGCAUCAGUGCCACCUUCAGACAAUAGCUGCUACUCAUCUGCGGUAGCUGCUGCCUCCCUGCGUUGCCUGAUGCCAUGGGUUAGAGAGGUGGUGUUAUCCCUGACAAAGCACCGACAGCUCAGUGCACGCCGUGCAAGCAUGGGCUGCGUGCUCCUCUGAGACAGCGACUGACAAAAGACCCAGGGGGGAGCGAAGGAGACACGCUAGUCUAGCAGUACCGAGUGGGCUUCCUGAGGAGAAAUGAUUGCAGAGUUGCUGAGCAGCGCCCUGGGGCUUGUCCUGUAUCUGAACACUCUGGACGCUGAUUUUUGCUAUGAUGACAGCCGUGCUAUCAAGACAAAUCAGGAUCUUCAGCCAGAAACUCCAUGGACACACAUUUUCUUCAACGAUUUUUGGGGAACUUUACUUACACAUAGUGGCAGCCAUAAAUCCUAUCGCCCUCUAUGCACUCUUUCGUUUCGCCUUAAUUAUAUCUUUGGAGGUCUGGAUCCUUGGAGCUACCAUCUUGUUAACGUUUUAUUGCAUUCUGCAGUCACAGGACUCUUCACAAAUCUCUGCAAGGCACUUUUCGGUGGAGGCUGCUGGACCUUUAUUGCGGGUUUUUUGUUUGCUUCUCAUCCGAUACAUACAGAAGCAGUUGCAGGGAUUGUGGGGCGGGCUGAUGUAGGAGCGGGACUUUUUUUCUUACUUUCAUUAUUGUGUUACAUAAAACAUUGUGCAACAAGAGGUUACUCAGCCAGCAGCUGGUGCUGGAUCUUAUGCGCUGGAUUUUGUGCCGCUUGCAGCAUGCUGUGGAAGGAGCAGGGAAUCACUGUACUUGCAGUUUCUGCUAUUUAUGAUAUUUUUGUGUUUCACAAGUUAAAAAUGCGUCACAUUAUCCCUGCUGUCAGUAAGAGGAAGAAUGUGUCCUUCUUCUACAGCAUUGGAUUACUAUCUGCUUGGGGUGUUCUCUUGCUGGGUACUCGAUUCUAUUGGAUGGGUAACACAGCUCCAAGUUUCUCAAAUUCGGACAAUCCAGCAGCUGACUGUGAAAUUUUCCUCACACGUACUCUGACCUUCCUGUAUUUGCCAACAAAGAAUCUGUGGCUGCUUUUCUGCCCUGAUACUCUCAGCUUUGAUUGGUCCAUGGAUGCUGUGCCUCUCAUUAAAACAUUGAUAGACCAGAGGAAUUUACACACUGUGGCCUUCUACAUUUUGCUUUUCCUCCUUGCCUACUCGUGUCUGAAGAGUUCUUCUGCAAAGAAAGAAUGCAAUGGGAAAAUUGUCAUGAAUGGCAAGCAGAAUACUAAUGGGCAUAGCUGUCAGUCGGAAUUAGAAAACAAGAAUUCAGAACAAAGACCUACCAUUGUUUCAAAACUUGAAAAUGGUGUAAAAAACCAUAUUAACCAUGAACUCCAACUUCCUUCAACAGAAAACAUUGUUGUUUUAGCUUUAUCCUUGUUGAUAGUGCCGUUUGUGCCCGCUAGUAAUCUAUUUUUCUAUGUUGGCUUUGUUAUUGCAGAGCGUGUACUAUAUAUACCCAGUAUGGGUUUCUGUUUACUAGUUGCAGUAGGGGCCAGAGCCCUUUAUAUUAAGGCCCAAAAAAACUUUCUCAAAACUUUAUUUUUUUAUGCCAUUGCUGCUUUAAUUAUUUUUUAUGGACUCAAGACUGUUGUCCGUAAUGGAGAUUGGAAGAAUGAGGAAAUGCUUUAUAGAUCAGGAAUAAAAGUAAACCCAGCAAAAGCAUGGGGAAAUCUUGGAAAUGUUCUAAAGAGCCAGAGCAAAAUCUCUGAAGCUGAAAAUGCAUACAGGAACGCACUAUACUACCGAAGCAACAUGGCUGAUAUGCUGUACAAUUUAGGAUUAUUGCUGCAAGAGAACAGCAAGUUUUCAGAGGCUCUACAUUACUACAAAUUAGCAAUUGGUAGCAGGCCUACACUUGCAUCGGCAUACUUGAAUACAGGUAUAAUUCUUAUGAAUCAGGGAAGAACAGAAGAGGCCAAAAGGACAUUCAUUAAGUGCUCAGAAAUUCCAGAUGAAAAUUUAAAAGAUCCUAAUGCUCACAAGAGCUCUGUGACCAGUUGCCUUUAUAACUUGGGGAAAUUAUUUCAUGAGCAAGGGCAACAUGAGGAUGCCCUUGCUGUAUAUAAAGAAGCAAUACAGAAAAUGCCAAGGCAGUUUGCACCACAGAGUUUGUACAACAUGAUGGGAGAGGCCUACAUGAGACUGAACAAGGUGUCAGAAGCUGAACAUUGGUAUAUGGAGUCAUUGAGAUCAAAGUCUGAUCACAUACCAGCACAUCUUACAUAUGGCAAACUGCUAACCUUAACAGGUCGUAAAAGUGAGGCAGAGCAAUACUUCUUGAAGGCAAUUCAGCUGGAUCCCACCAAAGGAAACUGUUAUAUGCAUUAUGGACAAUUUCUGCUAGAAGAAUCUCGUCUUCUGGAAGCUGCAGAGAUGGCAAAGAAAGCGGCAGAACUUGACAGCUCUGAAUUUGAUGUUGUUUUCAAUGCAGCUCACAUGCUUAGGCAAGCCAGUCUGAAUGAAGAAGCUGAAACAUAUUACAAAAAGGCAGCAGCACUAAGACCAAAUUACCCAGCUGCCUUGAUGAAUCUUGGGGCCAUACUUCAUCUAAACGGCAAAUUAGAAGAGGCAGAAACAAACUACCUCCGUGCACUUCAGUUUAAACCAGAUGAUGUGAUCACACAGUCAAAUCUGCGCAAGUUGUGGAAUAUCAUGGAAAAACAAGGAUUAAAGACUUCAAAAACAUGACAUGAGGACUAAAGACAUUUGAGCAGUCACAUUUUGAAAAUAGGCAUGCAGGAACUAGAUGUCCUGCAAAUGUCUAGGGAGUGUUAUUUGCUGCUAAAGAGAGUGCUCUGCAUUUUGGCAUAGUAGUUAUUCCAUGUUAAAAAGGGAAAUGAUAAAUGGGCUAUAAAAUCUCUGCAAGGGAUUAAAAGUGCUUGUAUUAGCCCAGAUAAAGGAAGGCACUUAAAGCAAGAAACGUCUGUACACGCCACGGCGCUAGUGGUUGUGCAUAAUACUUGGAUAGGUUGUAAUAGGUAGAAGUUUCUAAUACAGUUUAAAAUGGUGUAACCACGUACACAAUCUCUUAAUACUAAGACUAUUAUUUGGGUCUGCCAGUUUUUUAAAAUGAAUAUACUAAAUUAAUUAUUGAAUGUCCAGUGCUAUCCAUUAUAUUUGUUAAAUGUUUUCACAAUGUUUGCUUGGGGCCAGUGCUGUUAAAUUAAGCUAAUGGCAUUUUAAAAUAAUGCUAUUGAACAAAUAGUGGUUAAAAAAUACUGGUUUAAAAGGGCAGUAUUAUUCUUUAUAUAUAUAUAUAUAUAUCUAUAUAUAUAUAUAUAUAUAUAUAUAUAUAUACAGU